AACCGGAUGUGACGCCUCGAGCCACCGAACGGGUUCAAAGAGCGGCGAGUCGGAGCCGGGCCGUGGACCAUCUAGCGGCUGGGGGAGAAUCGAUGUGAUUCCCGCAACACAGCGAGUCACUGCACGGAGGACCAGUCCACGGACUUCCCCGCCCGGGGUAGGCCUGACUUCAGGGCGUUCCGGCGCAGGGGCAGAAUAGAGCGGUUUCUCUACCCCCUUGGAGUUAUGGGUAAGAUGGCCGCCAUUACACAGCUGAGCCCAGUCCACGGGCGGACAGAUUGUGAGCUGGUGUUGGGUUUCUAAACCCUGCGAACUCACGAAACCCAGAUCCAGAGAGGUAGUGGCUGGAGACAAAACUCAGAUCCGAACUGAGUUUCGAUCCCAGUAGACAAAGAGAAACUUAUCGAAGCGGUUAUUUAAUUAGACAAACAUGCUGGAGAAACUCAGCGGGUGAGGCAGCAUCUAUGGGGCGAAGGAAAUAGAGUUGUGAGGGAGGUUAUGAAAUGAAUUAAGAAGUGCAAGUGGGUUCACUCAGUGAGAGGCCGUUCACCUGCUCUGGCUGUGGGAGAGCUUCACUCGGUUAUACCAAGAAAUGCCGUUUACCUGCUCCGAUUGUGGAAAGCGAUUUAACCGGUCAUCCAGUCUGAAGAUCCACCAGCUAAUUCACACCAAGGAGAGACCCUUCACCUGCUCCAAAUGUGGGAAGGGUUUUACACGGUCAUCCUACCUUUUGAAGCACCAGCGAGUUCACUCCAGGGAGAGCCUGUUCACCUGCUCUGAGUGCGGGAAAGGGUUCACCCGGUCAUGGGACUUUCAAAGACACCAACGACUUCACACCGGGGAGAAACCGUACGCUUGCUCCGAAUGCGGGAAGGCGUUCAGUCAAUCGUCGGACCUUCUCAUUCACAAGCGGGUGCACACCGGGGAGAGGCCAUUCACCUGCUCCGAGUGUGGCAAGGCAUUCUCUCAGUCCUCGUCCCUUAUGAAACACCAACAAAUUCACACUGGGAAAAGGCCCUACAUCUGCUCCGAAUGUGGGAAAGGAUUUACAGGGUCAUCCAAUCUGCUGGCGCACCAGCGCGUUCACACUAGAGAAAGACCAUUCUCUUGCUCUGAGUGCGGGAAGGGAUUCGCUCACUCAUCGGACCUUCAGAAACACCAUCGAAUUCACACUGGAAAAAAGCCCUUCACCUGCACUGAAUGUGGGAAGGCAUUUACAUGGUCAUCAGACAUGUUGAAGCACCAGAGGAUUCACACAAGGGAGAGGCCAUUUGUUUGCUCUGAGUGUGGGAAGCGAUUCAACUGGUCAUCCAGUCUGAAGAUCCACCAGUGGGUGCACACCGAGGAAAGACCCUUCACCUGCUCCGAGUGUGGAAAGGGAUUUACACGGUCAUCCAAACUGCUGACUCACCAGCGUUUUCACACCGGGGAGAGGCCAUUUACUUGCUCUGAAUGUGGGAAGGGGUUCACUCAAUUAUGGGACUUAAAGAGACACCAACGACUACAUACAGGGGAGAGACCAUACGCUUGCUCCGAGUGCGGGAAGGCGUUCAGUCAAUCAUCUGACCUGCUCACUCACCAGCGGGUUCACACCGGGGAGAGGCCUUUCACCUGCUCUGAGUGUGGGAAGGGAUUUGCUCAGCAUUCGUCCCUUCUGAAACACCAGCGAAUUCACACGAGGAAAAGACCCUUCACCUGCUCUGAAUGUGGGAAGGGAUUUACACAGUCGUCUGACCUGCUGGCUCAUCAGCAGGUUCACACCGGGGAGAGGCCAUUCACUUGCUCCAAGUGCGGGAAGGGGUUUGCACGGUCCUUCCACCUGCUGAGACACCAACGGACUCACACUGAAGAGACGGUUUGACUGCGGUAUAUGCAUAGGACAUCUAAACACUGCCACUGCGGAUUCACCGGCGUGUCCACAGGUGACUGCAGUGGUCAGUUCGACAGUCAGGGCUACUGUUCAUCACUUCCAAGUUUAGACUUUGGCAUUGUAGAUUGCUUUGUAGCAUUGUAGAUUUACAAACCAUAUUUAUAAUCGAUGAAGAACAGAAUCGUACAUCGUGGAGGUUCACCUGUACAAUGCACUAUUCUAUUCUUCAUCGGUUAUAAAUAUAUUUGCUCUAUUUGAACGAUCUGCGCAUGAGGAGGCUAUGAAGUGUUUAUUAGGUUACUUUAUUUUCCAAUGUUCUGUGAUGCAAUAAAAAGCUUAUGUUA